AUGAACGCAUUGUUUGACGGUCCCUUUGUGAUUGGGAUCGGCCUGUUGGCUUUUGUACUCUAUGUUCUCAAGCGGGCAUACCCAAGGCCGUAUCCAGGAAUCCCAUACAAUUCUGCGUCCUCAAGAAAAUUAUGGGGAGACGCGCCGGGGCUGCUUGCAGCAAUAAACCAGGACCCAAACAAAUGGGUCUUCGAACAGAACAGGAAUCUCAACGCACCUAUUGCUCAGCUCUUUCUUGCACCCUUUGCAAAACCCACAAUCAUCAUUGACGACGUCCGCGAGGUCAAAGACAUCCUCAGCAAUCGCACGAACGUAUUCGACCGAGCUGCUAGGACACAAGAUGCCUAUCGCAAUCUUCUUCCGCACUGCAGUUUAGUCAAACUUACCACGCCUGCAUUCAAAGCUCAGAGACGCUUCUGGGAGGGCGUGACUGGCACGCCUUUUCUACGACGCGUCGCUGAACCCAAGAUAUACCGAUGCGCCCUGGGAUUGAUUGAUCUGUUAAAAGCCCAAGCUGAAAUGGCUGGUGGUCGGCCGUUUCACUGCUUUGACGGCUUCGACGUGGCAGCGUUCGAAUUGAUUUGGGAAGUGGUAUUCGGUACCCCUGAGAACGCGAUCAAUAAUGCACGCAAUGAUGUCCUUAAGGCAACCCCCAAAACGGUCCAACCUCCGUCACUGGACUCGGCGGCCGAAUUACCAGCCAUUCGCAAGCCUUACAUGUGCGAUACAGUGUCGUUCUUCAUAAGCACCAUAGCGAAGUCAUUGAGGUCAGUCUUUCCAGCAUGGAAACUUUGGUAUCUCAGACAGCAGCCCGUCUACAAGGAGAGAUUGGCUUGGAAAAUUAACACUAUCAACGGGCAUAUUGAAAGCACCCGCGCCAAGCUUGCAGAACUCUCGGAAGACCAACUCGUUGAGCUUGAGGAGACUUCUUCCGUGGUCACCGGAGUACGGCGCCAUCUUCUGGCUCAAAUACGUCAAGGGAAGCCCAACAACGUCAAUUUUUCCUCAUCGGUCCGAGACGAAAUUCAUGAUGAGCUGUUCAUGCUUCUCGUUGCCGGGCACGAGACGAAGGCUGUUCUGCUCUCCUGGUCUGUAAAGUUCCUCAUCGCCAGCCCAGAAAAGCAACAGAAGCUGCGAAAAGCACUGGCCGAUGCCUUCCCGGGAAGAUCAAAAGGAGAGCAGCCUUCUUUGAAAGCCAUCUCGAGCACUUCAAUCCCGUACCUGGACGCAUAUAUGGAGGAAUCCAUUCGGGUGGCAAACACGUCUCCUCGUUUUGUUAGAAAAACUACAACUGACACCCAGGUGCUCGGAUACCAAAUCCCGAAGGGCGCUACCGUAUUUCUCAACCCUUAUAUUGGCACGCAGCCGUUCGACAUCCCUGAGAAUGUGAGAUCCCAGACGUCACGCAGCUCCAAGGACAGCUUCGAGUUGUACUGGGGCCCGAACGGUAUGGAUGAUUUUCAGCCAGAGCGGUGGCUUGCAGAAAACGGGUCCUUUAAUCCUCGCCAAUUCCCACGUUUGGCAUUCUCUGCUGGACCUCGGAUGUGCUAUGGCAGAAAUCUCGCGUUGAUGGAAUUCCGCAUAAAUCUUGUGCUCCUGGUCUUAAACUUCGACUUCGAGCCUCUCCCUAAGGGCCUCGACAGUAUGGAGUCUCAACAGCGACUUUUUCGAAUGCCACGGCAAUGUUACGUCAGGCUCAGUCCGCUUUAA